AUGCCGGCCAGCAACGGAGUUGGAGGUGGCAAUGCUAGACGGAGAGCCUUCGGAGCUCAGCUCAGUGCUGCCAAUCCCGAAGCUGAGACGUCGCCCCAGAAGUCACAACCUCAAGUACGAAUAAGGCCUGAUGCUCCUGAUUUUGUGCCCGGCGCGGACGACAUAACCAGCCGCAUUCACAGGGAGAUUAGCAGCGGAGCCUACGAGUGCAUGGUCUGCUACGGCAGUGUGAAUAGGAGGGCAAAGAUCUGGUCUUGCAGGUGCUGUUGGGCGGUGUACCACUUGAACUGCAUUCAGAAAUGGGGGAAGCAGGGUCUACAGCAGGAAACGAGGGGUCCGGUCGGUGCAUAUGAACCACAGAAAUCGUGGAGGUGUCCGGCUUGCAAUAAUCCGAGCACUUUACUGCCGGAUCUUUAUACCUGUUGGUGCGAGAAGGAGACACAGCCGGAGAGCACCAAAUAUCUUCCGCCGCACAGUUGUGGACAGACUUGUGGAAGGCAGCUCUCCAACCCGAAAAAAUGUCCUCACACGUGUAGUGCACAGUGUCACGCUGGACCUUGUACACCUUGUGCGGCCAUGGGCCCGGUUAUGACCUGCUUUUGCGGCAGGGAAUCCCAACAGAAACGAUGUGUGGAUACGGAUUACGACGGCGGCUUUAGUUGCGGUCAAGUAUGCGGAGACGUCAUGCCUUGCGGAGAACACACCUGUUCGAGGCCGUGUCAUCCCCUCUUGUGCGGGUCUUGCGAGGUUCCCGAACUCGUUAAGUGCUAUUGCGGGAAUGAGAUGAAGGAAAUGAAGUGUUCCGACAAGGAGCAUCCAAAAGAUUCGUCCAGGGCAUUCGAAGUCUCGGAUGAUGAGUACUCAGACGAUGAGUUCGAAGAGUGGACCGGAUACUAUGAGUGUGGCAAAGUUUGCAAUAGGUUGCUUGCUUGCGGUGUUCACCACUGUCAAAAGCCGUGCCACCCACAGGACACCGACAACGGUAUCUGUCACUCUGAUCCGUCAGUCGUUGCGCACUGCCCGUGCGGUAAAACACCCCUGACGGAUAUCUUGUCCGAGCCUCGACCCAACUGUGAAGCUCCGAUCCCUACCUGCGGGAAGGUUUGUAAGAAGACUCUCGCGUGCGGCCAUUCCUGCACGAAGACUUGCCACGAUGGUGAAUGCGGCGUCUGUUUGGUUCAGAUCGAGAUAGCAUGUCGUUGCGGAAAAACCCACUCCUCCAGUCUCUGCCACCAGGGGGUAGAUUACGAACCUCCCCAAUGCAUGCGGAACUGCCGGGCGGCGUUGAAUUGCGGAAGACACGAAUGCGGAGACAAGUGCUGUUCUGGGGAGGUGAAGGCACAGGAGAGGAUAUCAGCCAAGAGAAAAAUGAGACCGCUCGCUUCCAAUCCUGGAUUGCAGACGGACGACGGAUUCGAGCCCGAACAUAUCUGCACAAGGCCCUGCGGAAGACUGCUCAAAUGUGGCAAGCACAAUUGCUCGAUGCUGUGUCAUAGAGGCCCUUGCGGAACCUGUCUGGAGGCUUCUUUCGAAGAGCUGACCUGUCACUGCGGAAGGACGUCCAUCGACCCACCAGUUCCCUGCGGUUCGAAGCCCCCUCGCUGCCGCUUCCCUUGUACUCGGCCCCCGUCCUGCGGACACCCCCCAGUUAUCCACGAUUGUCACACGGAUGACGAAGCAUGUCCCAAGUGCCCGUACCUGACAGGACGGCUCUGCAAGUGUGGUAAGAAGGAGAUCAAGGCAGUCCCCUGUUGGCGUGAGAAUGUUUCGUGCGGCCAGCUUUGCGGGAAACGACUUUCGUGCGGUACACAUCUUUGCCGUAAGCCUUGCCACGAUGGAGGAUGCGAGGAGCCUUGUAAGCAGUCGUGCGGAAAGCCCAAGCCUACCUGCGGACAUCCAUGCAUUGAUCCUUGUCAUGCUCCCUUCCAGUGCUCGGAGGAUAAGCCUUGCCAGGAGAAACUGAAACUUUCGUGUCCUUGUGGAGGAGUGAAACAGGAUAUCAAGUGUGGUGCGACCAAGGCUAAACCGGCUGGAAACCAGAAGGAAAUACCUUGUUCCGACGCGUGCCGGGUGAGGCGACUCGCAAUGGCUCUCGACCUCGACCCUGAUCGUGAAGGUCAGUCCUUCUCGGAGGAGACCGUCAGUGCGUACAACAGGGAUCCGAAGUGGUCCGCCGCGAUGGAAACGAAGUUUCGUACAUUCAUCGAAAAUAAGGACCAGAGAGCUCUGCAGUUCCCUCCAAUGCGAGCACCGCUUCGGGAGUUCUUGCAUCUUUUGGCCGAGGCUUAUGGUCUUGACAGCGAGUCGCAGGACCCAGAGCCCUACCGCAGCAUCAUGGUCCGAAAGCCGGUCUCUUUCGUUGCCGUCCCGCGGAAGUCGCUUGCGGAGUUUGCAGCAAAAUCUAGUGCCACACCGGGUGCCGCUCCAGUUGCCGUCCAGCAGUUGAAAAAGAUAGCCCGUAGCCACGCAGUCAACGCCUUCCUCCUCAAAGGCAUCAAAGUCGGCCUCCUCGCGUCCGAGCUCGAGAAGGAACUCUCGAUCCUGAAGGACUCCCAGCUGCGCUUCGACAUCAGCUGGUACGGCGACGAAGACGUACUCCUCAAGCCCCGAGCCUCGUCCCUCGCCAUCGAGCAGGUGGAAGCAGAGCUUCACGGCCUCAGCACCAAACUGAAGCGCGUCGUAGCCGCUCGGGGACUUGCCGACGCUGCGGAACUCUGUUGGGUCGGCCAGGACGGACGCGUAAACAACAAGGACGGCUCGGGCUGGAGCGUGACGAAUCCGAGGAAGUCGGCGUCGGCAGUUACGUGGUCCACUAAACCCUCGUUGGCCAGCAAGAAUGGGUUCGAGCUGUUUAGUGGAGCUGGUGGCAGCUCGGCAGCUGUCAUUUCGGGUACCGCCGCGAAGAAGGAGAAGCCAAAGGAGGUGGAGAAGCCCAAGGAGGUCGUGGAUGAUUGGGAGCUUGAGGCGGAGGAGCUGGAGCAGGAACAAAAUCAGGGCCAGGAGCUGGAGAAGGAGCAGGGCCAGGAGCGGGGUCAGGCACAGGUUUAG